UGGGUAAAUAAGAUAGCGCAGCGGAAAUCGUGUGUGAAGAGAUAAAAUGGGGGAGAGGGAGAAAAACUCGCUGAAACAAGCGGUGGUGGUUUUCGGAGCCCUAGCUGCCGGAUGGCUAGCAAUUGAGGUCGCCUUCAAGCCGUUGCUGGACAAGGCCAGAGCCGCCUUGAACAAGUCCGACCCGAAUCACGACCCGGAUGAUGCACCCGAAAUGUCGCCGCUGGAAGCGGACGUCGACGCCGCCGACGACGCCUCCAAGGAAAGCAGCUGAUUCUGAUUUCUGAACGCCAAGGUUAUAGGGAAAGCGUAUAUUAGUACUGUUAAGAACGAUUAGUUUUCUCCAAUCUCUGUAUUAGACUGAUAUAUGCUGUUGGAGUGUUGGAUGAACUUUUUCAGACUGUCUGUGUUGAAUAAUUCCUCUGGUUCUUAGUUAUUAUUUUCUGUGUCUACUUUUAUUGCGGCAGCUACGAUUGCUAAGGUAGUAUAGAUUUUCCUGGAAUUUCUGUAUCCUGUUGCUAGUAGUAGAAACUUGCAGAAUU